UAUUUUAAAUUGAUUUGGAGUAGAAUGUAUUUUAUGACGAUAUCCAAAAUUUCGAUGGAUAAGUUUUUGGAAGAUACACAUAUGAAUGCAGAUGUGGAUACAGAUGUAGAGUUGGAGUUGUCUGAGGAACAAUUUGAUCCUCCCGGUCUCGGCAUGAAAUUCCCAACAGAUUAUGAUGAUCGAGAUGAUUUCUUUUGUUGGGAGUUGGAAAGUUAUCGAGAAACAAAUUAUUUAGAAAUCGUUCUCGAUCUUGCCGAAGCAAUCCUCGGCAAGAUCGAGAACGAUUCUAAUUCGCAACAGGUUAAUGAUAAGGAUGUUUACUUUCGAUGCAAUGAGUACGAAAAUCAUCAUGUAUCGCGUUCUUGGAAAGUUGAGCUGCAAGCUGUCAACCAUUGUCUCAACAGGUAAGAUUAAAUAUAAAAAUCUUACGUAUAUACGUAUUUGAUAGGUAUUUUUAUCUAAUUUCCUGUUAUUGUUUCUAGAAAUCCACAG